CCGUCGGUGAAACGCGUCAUUUGUAUUGUUAGCUUUUAGCAGCGAGAUAACGUCGUAAACGUGUUUGUUGUGCUCUGGAAAAGUAAAUAACUCGGUUUAGUGUCGUUUUUUCUCAAAGACUCGAACAACAGUGCGGGAUAAAGUCGCUUAGUUUCGCCGUGGAAGCGCAUUUAAUAAAUAAAUGGGAGUGGAUCGUGACGAUGGCUGCGGUGAAAAGAGCUUCACUUUCCCUCGUGCGUCGUCAUGGACUGUGAUCGUCAGCUGCUGAUGAAGUCGUACGUGAAGAUGAUGACGGACAUGAUCGUGUUGUGCGUCACGCUGGCGCUGUCGCUCUUCUUCUGGGUCGUGUCUCUCGUCAUCAGCAGCUACUACGGUUCACUGCAGCCUGUGUCGCCAUGGCGAUGGUUGUUCUCCAUCCUGAUUCCCCUGGUGUUGACGGCGAGAGCGUUGAAGAGACGCAGCCUGGACUGUACAGGAGCACUGGCAGCUCUGUUGGUGGGUUUCGUGCUGACGAUGGCGAACCUCAGCUUCUUCUCGUCUCUGAUGGCGUUUUUCGUCACAUCCUCCAAACUCACGCGUUGGGGCGGAGCCAAGAAGAGGAAGAUGGACGCCGAGUACAAAGAAGGGGGUCAGAGGAACUGGGUCCAGGUCUUCUGUAACGGUGGAGUUCCUACAGAACUGGCUCUGCUCUACAUGAUCGAGGUCGGUCCCGGCGAGAUCCCCGUGGACUUCGGGAAACAGUACUCGGCCUCGUGGAUGUGUCUGUCACUAGUGGGCGCUCUCGCCUGCAGCGCCGGCGACACCUGGGCGUCGGAGGUGGGGCCUGUGCUCAGCCAAUCACAGCCCAGACUCAUCACCACCUGGAAGGAAGUCCCGGCAGGAACUAAUGGCGGGGUCACGCCUGUCGGUUUGAUCGCCAGUCUCCUGGGAGGGCUCACGGUGGGUGUGGCUUUCUUUGUGACACAGCUGGUGAUGGUGAGUGACCUGCACAUGGCCAACCCUCAGUGGCCAAUCAUGGUGUAUGGGGGCGUGGCCGGCCUGCUGGGCUCAAUGCUGGACUCUUUUCUGGGCGCUCACAUGCAGUAUUCAGGCUUUGACGUGAGCAUCGGGAAAGUGGUGAGUCACGAGUCUGCGACCACGCGGCGGAUCUGUGGGAAAGCCAUCCUGGACAACAACGCCGUCAACCUGUUCUCCUCCGUCUUCGUGGCCCUCCUCCUGCCCGGGCUGGCGUGGGGACUGUGGCCUCAGUCAGAGUAACGAGGUGGCGAAGACUUCGUGUGGAUGGCUGCUCGUAAUGUGGGAGGAGUCAGUGUGUCUCCCAGCUGUCCCGGGGGAAGGACAGGAAACAGACAACAGGAGCACGCUGAGGUAUCACCGUUUUUAUUUCAGAGUGUCUGAGAGAGGAAAGGCACUAAACCAAAGUGAGAGAGCGACAUGGACUUAGAGAGAGAGAGUGGUUUACACACACACAAGCGUUUAAAGGACAAUUCCCCUCAGUUUGUAAAAAGAACCACAAAACAGCCGAAAUGAUAGAGGAAGUGUAUUUGUUUCCUCACCGAGAG